AUGGCGCAAGGAGCCUCUGCUGGGCAAGCGCAAAAGAGCCUCGUAAACGGUGGCGACGGGGAGGUCCUUCGGCUCAAAGAGCAAGUCGCAAGGCUCGAGACUAUCAGGGAUACGGUAAGCCCUUCCGUCGAUGUAUCCGUCCUUCACGUCUCAUUAGAAGGUGCAGAUGAGCUCGAGACUCUCGGAAAGGGUGAUGUGCCGGAUCUGUCUUGGACCGAUGAAGUUGCCUGUUGUAUUGCCCUGUGGCCAUACAUAUUGCUCUUUGUGCCUCAAUAUCGCAUUCCGAAGCAGGAUGCCACUAUUGAGGAGGCUCAAGCACUAAGGGACCUUCUAGAGGAGAACCUGUAUGAAGACGACCUUGUUCCCCUACUUUUCCAACACCCUUGUCCGACUUGCCGAGCACGUUCAGCAUCCUCCAGAGGAUUACUUCGCGAAGGAUUUAGUGGAAUGGUUCAAUGGAGAAGUCGAGCCCUGUAA